UGGUGGAGUGCACCCAGGCCUUGGGUGGGAGGUGGGAGAGGCCGAGCACAACCAGUUGCUUUUAUAACUUUUUCUUCCUGAAGGGUCACUGCUGGAAAAAACCCCUUGGGGAGUUUAAAGCGGAAAGAGAGCGACCACUUUUUGCAGACCUAUUAUGUGCGUCCUAAAUGUCCUCAUUUAAUCUUUGCAGUAAUCCUUCGAGUUCGCUGUUAAUCCUUCCUAUUACUCUCCCAAAUCCCUUAAGAGGGCACUUGAUGGACUGCCGGUUUUCGUGGUUCCGGGUUUUAACUGAAUGCACACACUGACUAGUCUCCUCUUUUACAGACAAAACUUCCCUGCGAUUGCCUUUGUUUACAUGAACUUGCCUUUAAAAAUAGCCUUUCAUUUAUUUCUUUGGUCUAUUUCUUUCCAUCAAGAGCCACCCUCAGAAUUGGCAGCGUGAACGCAGACGCCUCGGAGCCACCGAGAGGAGGAUGAGUCCCUGGAGCUGGUUCCUGCUGCCGACCCUCUGCCUCCUGCCCGCGAGCGCAGCCCCUCCGCGCGGCGCGCCCGCCUCCGCCAACUGCAAGCUCAAGGCCCAACAAAAUGAGUUGAAUUCCUUCUUGUGGACCAUAAAGCGAGACCCGCUGUCUUACUUCUCUGGCACGAUCCAUGUCCCGUACACCCGGGUUUGGGACUUCAUCCCGGACACCUCCAAGGAUGCUUUUCAGCAGAGCAGCAUCGUGUACUUUGAGCUGGACCUCACGGACCCUUACACUAUCUCGGCCCUCACCAGCUGUCAGACGCUGCCGCGAGGUGAGAACCUCCAGGACGUGCUCCCCAGGGACAUUUACGGCCGCCUUAAGCGCCACCUUGAGUACGUCAAGCUCAUGAUGCCCUCGUGGAUGACGCCUGACCAGCAUGGUAAGGGUCUCUACGCAGACUACCUGCCACCUGCCCAGACUUACAGUCUGAUUUGCUGAGGGAGUUCCUGCUGCUCCCUAGUCAUAAAUUCCAAUAAAAGCAAGCGAUCAUAUCUUUGAGACUGACCAUAUUUUCCAUAAUUGAGAUGGAAUGUGCUUGAAGAUGGAGAUCUUAAUACAAAUGAAAUUAUUUACAGAACAGAAACAGACUCACAAACGUAGAAAACAAACAGUUCCCAAAGGGGGAAGGAGGGAGGGGAUAAAUUGGGAUCUUGGGAUAAGCAGAUAUGCAUUACUGUAUAUAAAAUAAACAACAAGGACCUACUGUAUAGCACAGGGAAUUAUAUUCAAUAUCUUGUAAUAAUCUAUAAUGGAAAAGAAUCUAAAGAAGAAUAUAUAGAUAUGUAUGUGUAACUAAAUCACUUCGCUGUAUGCCUAAA